GCAGCUGUUUAUGUUCAUCUAUGACAGUGAGAGAAGUAUUGCUUUAUAAAGUUGUUUUUAUUUUUAAGUGUUUUUAUUAAUCUUGUGUUAAUUUUUGGAAAAAUGAAUCAAAGUUUAGAUGACUUUAUUCAUAAGAACUUUUCGAAUCGUAGGCGUGACAGAGGGAGGUCCCGGAGCAGAGGCCCUCGAAGGAGCAGUGUCUCCGGCCGGAACCCGAACGCCAGCGUGUCUGGCCGGCGCCGGCCCAUGCAGAGUGCCCCAAUAGCAGACGCAAGGUUCCUCAUCAUCCAGAAGAAGCGCCAAAAACUGACCGAUGCACGUGACCAACUAGCACAGCUGGCAAGGCACUCGGACCUGCGCUCCAAGCUGGAUAGGAUUCGUGGAGGAACUAGAAAGGAUAUUGUGAGGUCUCGAGGAUACCUGGGGAUAACCAAACAAACUGCACUCAAUGGCGAGAUAAGCCUCAAAACAAAUAAGCAACAACGUUUUCCAUAUUUCGCGCCUAAAGAUCGCUCGGCGGUACGCGGCCCGCUGCGUCGCAUAGUCAAGAAUGAUAUGCAAGAUGUGUUUAUUUCAGGUGGCACAUGGCAGAAAACUGCGCCGGUUAUCCGGCGUACAGUCGUGAAUGACCCCUUCGUGCCACCUGAUAUGAGCCUGGCAGGCUUUGGUUCCUCCUACCAACCAGUCCAUCGCACGAUACGAAACGACUCAUUCGUGCCACGUGGCACGGCUGUGUUUCUUUCAGAUGACUUGGCACAUCCUAGCAUCAAGCGCACUUUGAAUGAUAUACCGUACCAGGUGUCGAUGCCAUCGCAAAGUCGUUACGGUUGGGACAGUCAUGCCUUGAGCCGGCGGCGUGGGAACGAACUCAUUGUCCAGGAGCCAUCGUCCAUGAUGCCUGCCAGAUUGCUCUCCCAGCGAGAGGAUUGGGGACGACAGAACGUUCCAAAGAGGCGGCAGGAGAUGGUGAUUCCCAGCGUGACAAUAGAGGACUCUGACUCUGACGAUGACAUGGGUUUGAACGGCAUGGUGGGCUCCUCGCGCGUCGGUUCGGAACUGAAGGCGCGGCUGGACUCGAGCAGCGGCUACUCCGGCCGCCCGAGCGCGCUGUCUGCCGCUCCCAAGCCACCGUCGCACCCCGCGGCCAAGCCGGGCCACCGCAUUGUCGUGUCGAACCUCCACCCCACCGUCAUCCACGAGGACAUCAGGGAGCUGUUCGAGGACGUGGGCACCCUGCUGGACUCGCGGCUGGUGCGGCCGGGCACGGCGGAGGUGGUCUACCAGAACCUGGACGACGCGGUGAAGGCGGUGGACCUGUACCACAACCGCCACUUGGACGGCCAGCCCAUGAAGUGCCUGCUGGUCAACAGCAGCGCGCCCAAGUCCUCCUCCAGUAUGCGGGCAGACAGCAUGUCACAGUUCAAGCUGCUCGCAGGAACCAAGUCCUCCAUCGUGCCCGACGUCAUGACCAUCCACAAAGCCCUCUUCAACAAGUCCUGAGCGACCAGGCUGCCGUGACCUUCAUUUCUCGCACAGACAGCACGCGCGGUUGCACCGUCUCCACAUCCACCCAACAAGAUGAGUGGUACUUGGCCAGGAGCAGUAUGUUGUAAGGGAUGUUCAAUGUGAGAAGUGGAGUGGGCUGCAGUCACGUGCCACUUCAUCAGAUCAUUUAUUCAGAAUAAAGGUGUUGACUGUAUUGUAAAAA